ACACCACAAAGUGGCAUGCUCAGGAGGAUGGGGAUUUGUUGUGUUUUCUUCCUGCUGUGCAUGUGGUCAGGCGUGUGCACGUCAGAUCAAAUUGACUACACACCCGCAGAGUUUUACGACAAACUGCAUUCUGGGAAGAUGAUGUUCAUCUAUUUUGAGCAACAAGUCUCGCCAACCAUCUCUCUGUUCCUGGCGGAGUUGGAGAAGUCAGCAGGAGCUCUGCAGGAUUACGGAGUUCUGGUCGGAAAGGUGAGCUGUAAGAAGGAGCUGGCUCCCUCAUACUGCUCAGAGGAAAGACAUCGGCACACGGCUUUUCUCUUCAGGGGCGGCAGGGAGUUCUUGAGCUUUAAUCUGGACACCGUCUUUGACGUCAGCUCCAUUGUGUCAGAAGUCCUAUUUGCCAUUCUGCGCGACGAGGUAAAAUACGUCCACACAGACGCUGACCUUCUGGCCAUGGAGAGGUCAGCUAAAGGGAAGAAGGACAUUGUCCUCGGUUAUGUCCACAGUCUGGGAACUCGAGAUCACAGAUCUUUGAUGGAGAUGGCGUACGUGUACGGCUCCAAAUACCAGUUUGUUCUUAUAACCGGCGGUCCGGUUCUGAAGCAGCUGGAAGCCAACGAGUCGUCUCUGUUGUCUGGAGUGUGGUUCCUUCACUGUAGGGGUCACAUGACCCCGGUGACCUCUGAGCGCUGCCCCUCGACGCGCAUGAGGACGACCCUGUCUACCCUGAACCUCCACGCCUUCCUGCAGCUCAUGGAGGCGCCGCUGGUGUCUGACGUAUACGUCGACCCCUCCUCGGUCCCGCCCCCGCAGUCCCCCUACCAGCUGACCCCCCAGGUAUUCUUGUUUUCCCACCCUGCGACGGAGCACCUGGACCGGAACGUGGCCUCUGAGCUGGCCUGGAGGCUGCGUGGUCUCGCUGUGCUGCUGCUCGUGCACAGAGAGAGUCCUGCGGUUAAAAGCCCGGAUGAGUACAACGCUGCCUACCGGCUGCCUGCCAAGAGCUCUGAGGUGAAGUACUUGACCUUACACAGCCUCGAUGGUGUGUUGGAGCUCCUCACAGAUAAAGAAGAGGAAGAACAGGAGGAGGAUGAAGAGGAGAAUGAGGAGGGUUUACGUUUCGAGAGGCUGGAUGAUGAAAUUGCGGCGGCUGUUUUUGAAAAUCGAAACAAUCAGCCGGACACGGACUCCAUCGCUCAGCUAACCUCUGACAACUUCCACGUUGAAGUUGCACAAAGCAGCCUCACGGUGGCGUUCUUCUACCUCAAAUGGGACGCCGUGUCCAUGGCGUUUCUUAGCUCCUUCAUUCAAGUUGCAGAGAGACUUGCAGAUUCUGAGGUUGACGAUGUUCAGAUGGGUGUGGUCGACUGUGGUGAUUGGACUGACCUCUGCGCCGCUCAGCCCGGCAGGGACGUCCCCUUCCAGCCAAUCACAGCCUUCCCCAGCGUCCUGCUGUUCCGCCCCCAGCAGCCGGCCCAGCAAUACAGAGGGAUGCUGGGGAGCGAGGCGCUGCAUCGCUUCAUCAUGAUGAGCCGCCCGGACUCUCCGCUGCUACUGUCCACCCGAGAGGAAGCGUCAUCUUUCCUUCAGGAAGUUCCUCACUCUGAGCUCGUGGGCUACAGACUCGACAGAAUCCUGGGAUUAUUCAGAACGCAGACUGAACCAGGCUUAUCAGUCUUCAUUGAAGCAGCAAAGUCACUUCGAGGAGAAGUGCUGAGCGCACUGCUGACCGGCGAACCGGCUGAGAAAUGGGCUGCAGCGCACGCUGUCCAUCUUCCUGCAGUGCUGACGUUUCCCUCCUGGAGGGGACACGCCCGUCCCUCUGCGCUGCCCGUGUCCUCGUCUGUUAAACAGCUGCUCGCGCACAUCAGCGCCGCUCUGAUCCACCCAGUGCCUGAGCUGACGGUAGAGAACCUGCCGGCCUUCCUCUCCCUGGGCAAAGCCCUCCUCCUCCUGUUCGUGGGAGAAGAGGAGGAUGAGUUCGGGCGGAGGCAGAGCCAGGCUCUGGUGGAGGAGCUGGAAGGCGUGACGUCAGAGCGGUACCUGGCCUGCUGGCUCCACCUAGGCCGCACUCCAGCUGGUGUGUCCGUCCUGGGGUCCUACCUGGGCUCCAUGCCGCCCCUCCCUGCUCUGGUUCUGACGCGUCUACCCACCGGAGACGAAGUCUAUCAGUACCCACCCAACGCUCCUAUAGAGGCCUCCUCCGUGCUGCGGUGGCUGCAGAAGGUCGAGGACGGGACCGAGUCUCCGGCAGGAAAGCUGGGUGAGGGCAACUGGCCUCCUGCGUUCGAGUUUUACGACUUCCUGAAAGUCAUGGACGUGCAGGAACCCGACUCCACCGAGCAAAAAACUCCUGCCGAUGGGGAAGAAGUGGAGGAAGAAGAAGUUAAUGUUGAAGAACAUUUGGUGGAAGAACAGCUGGCUGAUGACCGUCCAGAUGUUGAUCCUGAAUUUCACUCUGAAUUGUAACACAUCAAGAUUUUAUUUUUAUUUUUUUAAUAUUUACCAAAACAGACAUUGGAUACAUGA